AUGUGGGUGCUGGCAUUAGGUGGGGUGUUCCUGGCGACCACCCAGGCCUGUAUCCUCUGCCAGCUCUCAGCUCGAGACCUGUCGGGCCGCCUGGCCCACGUGUGUGGCCAAGUGGAGGCUAAGUGGAAGGACUGUGGGGCCUCCUGGAACUUUCCGGCCUUUGCCUUAGAUGAGGUGUCCAUGAACAGAGUCAUAGAGAAGACUCACCGAGUCCUGAGGGUUAUGGAGAUCAAAGGGUCUUUCUCCUCCCUCCCCUUGUACCAGCUUUGGCUGCAAAAGAUCAAGCUCCCCCAGUACACCCGGGAAGCUCUCUGCGCGCCUGCCUGCCGGGGCAGAACCACCCUCUACAACUGCUCCACCUGCCAGAGCACCCAGGUGCGCUGCUGGCCCAAAAAGCGCUGCUUCCCAGGAAGUCACGAUCUUCGGGAAGCCAGGAUCCUGCUCCUCUCUGUCUUGAUAGCUGCCCUGCUGCUGGGCAUCCUGAGCCUUGUGGUGGAGUGA